AUGGCAACUGCCAAAGACACUGUCGCUUCUCACUCAAGAGGUAACUUGAGUACGGGAAAAGACGAGUCUACCACCGGAAGCCGCAAGAGAGUUCACACGACAAACGGAGGCAAACCGGAAAAUGUGAAGAAGCGAAAACGCACUGUUCUAAGUUGCAACGCCGCUGAACCAAGCGGGGGUAGGGAAGCGCGCGUGCAAAUGGAAAACACUCCCGUGCGCGCGCCAACUGGCGAUCUCGUUCUGCACAAACGCAACGUAGAACAACCGCCAGCCCUGAAGAAUGCUGUUGAGAACAACGCUAAAGUGAAGAACGGCGAAGGCGAAGGAACUGACGAUACGCUCGACGGCAUCGAAAUGGAUUCAUAUCUGGUAAGCAGCAGCCAUAAGGAAAAAAUCCCCAUACAACUCAUUGGCAUUGCAUAUAUACGAGUCCAGUCUUCGUCCGACAAGCUCACAAGGAAAACAUCUACAACGACACCCAGUACAACCGAAACCCAAAUCGAUCCGUCCACUUCGACUAUCGACUGUUUGUCUCGUGAGGAAAUGGAAAAAACCAAAUUGGGGUCAAGCGCAACCUAUGUGGGUUCCGCCCUAGCAUCCAGACCACGGGGCAAGCCCAAGGGAUCUGCGUCCAAAAAGAAGGCACCGCCAGUUGGAGUCCCGGAUAGCGGCCUACAGAAGAGAACCACGAAUGGUCCAGACGCUAAGAAGAGCUUCGCCGCUGACGAGAAGCGUUGUGCAGCAAUGUGUCCUAACUCUGAAGUAAAAGAAGCACGAUGCGUAAACGAGAUUCUCAUACCGGGGCUAUCGUCAGAACGUGUCUCGGUGAAGCAGACGGCAGAAGCACCCUCUGCUGAGCCUUCGGCGGCGGCAGAAUGUGACAACCACGUCUGUCCAAUCCCCAUACCGGAGGGUGCUGCAGUUGCUCCUGUGACACGAACCCCUGGAAAGCUAUAUUUGAACGAGCAUGAGGAGGUUGGGUGGUCGAGCCGUCAUGAACCGGAAUUAGCGUCAACGGCGCCUAGAUCAGAACCUGUAACAGAUGCAGGCAAAUGUGAAACGCCCUUGAAUUUGAAGAAGCAGAGAACCAAUAAAAUAGCUAAUGGAAAGGGUGUAAAGAAACCUAAAGUGGAAAAUGCUGACAGCACGGUCCCGCCAUAUCAGCGCAUCCUUCACUACAUGAAAGAGCAAAACCGUCCGUACAACGCUCAGAUAAUAUCAGAGGGCACGGGAGAAGCAGUAGACGACGUAGUGCAACGCCUGGGUGUUGAGGUGGAUGAGGAUUUUAUUCCCGACGAGGCAUACACUUCCUACGUCUGA